AAGUAACUUGUGUACUAAAUAUGAUUCGAAGUAUAGUAGCUCUUUUCCUCUUUGCCAACUUUUGCUUUGCCAAUACUCCAAUUCCCGAUAGUCAAUCGACUGAUUUCACGAGCUUUGCAUUAGGCGCUCGUCCCUACUGGCAGCUUUCAAGAGCUCUCAAGCACGACAUGUGUUGGCCCUCUGCAUGUGUCGAGAACGGUGCCGUUGUUCCUAGUGCAGAUCUCAAGAACUUUCCCGUUGCUGGCCAAGGUGGAUGCCCUCCUGCAGGCUCACGUUUCCCAGUGUAUUGGAACGCUAAAAAGUGCACGGAUACAGAGAUAAGGGUUGCAUACAGCCUGUUCUGGAAAAAGGAUGGGUUCAGUCCCAGUGGCAUAUAUGGCCAUGGUUACGAUUGGGAGCAGGUCAUUGUUGUUUAUGCAAAGAACGGUAAUAGCUGGUCAAGAAAGGGUGCUUAUCUUUCUGGUCAUGGUGGCUACAAGUAUUAUGACUGGAAUGAGAUGACCACGUCCAAUGAAUCCAACAUUGCGGCUGGUGGACAAAACAUGGAUCAUCCCAAGAUAUUCCCAGCAUGGGCCAAGCACUCUAUGUUUAUAAACUCAAAGGAUGGAAACCCUGUACUUGAAGGCCUUGAUGCCUUUGAUGAGAAUGCCUUUAGAACAAGCUCAUAUCAAUACUUCAACGCGAAAGAAGAAAUGAUUCAAGUUGUACCUAAUACCCAACUUUGGACGCUUAUUGCCAAUAAGGACUGGAACAAAGCAUCUUCCAGUCCUAAUGUUGUUUAUGAUAAAUUAUGUACUAUUAAAUAAAUUCAU